UUUGUUGCUUCCAGAAUCACUUUGUAGUUAAAAAGAAUCUCUUGCACAUGAAAGCAAGUGAGAUACACACAUCUCGUUGCGUAGCUAGCUUGCAACAUCUCUCUGUUUAAACGCAGUGUUUUAACGUCCCGAUGCAAGAGGCUGACACAUCGCGACCACGGCCGUCGAAGUCUCUGAUGAAUCGAAUGAAGACGAGCUGUUUAUCCAUGGCAGUGACGUUUAAGGAGGGGCUUAGCUACGUCAAAGCCUUUUUUGUCGGCCAGACAAAGAGGUUGACGGCCAAGAACGAGAAAGAAGCAACGGAUGCUCAUCUAACAGAGACAAAAAUGCAAGUUGACGCAACCGAUGAAGCAGAGAACGCCAAGAAAAGGCUUCAUCAAUCUUCUUAAUGUUUUU